CACAGUUCAUCAUCUCAAGUGAAGGAUCUGUUCGAAGAUUUAAAAGAUGGAGUCCUUCUAUGUCAUCUUAUCGAAGUUCUUACAGGCGAAGCAUUGCAAGUCAACAAAGCGAGAAUAUCGAAACGAGUGCAUCAUAUCAGCAAUUUAACCACAGCUUUAUCGGUGCUUCGAAGGCGUGGACUGGAUUUGGUGAACAAUAAUCCUUCAGAUAUUGCAGAUGGCAAUCCGCGUAUCAUUCUUGGACUCAUCUGGCAAAUCAUUCUUCAUUUCCAGAUUGAAGCAAAUGUGCAGUUAUUAAAAGAAUGGGGCUUCGAACUGGAGCAGGCCAGUCCGUCUACCUCACGAACAACCUCAACUGGUACGAGUCCAGUCAGCAAAUUGCAUCGAUUGAGAAUCGGGCGAUUGAAGGCUCCUGUUGAGAAUGUUGUUCUGCGUUGGGUAAAUGCACAACUCUCUGACACGUACCAUAUAAAGAUCACUGAUAUGGACCGUUGCUGGCGAGAUGGAAUUGCCUUCAAUGCCCUAAUACAUCGAGCCAAACCGGAAUUGGUGGACAUGGACCAAGUACGAAGUGCUGAACCAAAAGAAAACCUUGAACAAGCAUUUCGAUUAGCGCAAGAUUAUCUACAAAUUCGACCACUACUCCAAGUUGAAGAUAUGUUGUGUGAUAAACCAGAUAAACGAUCGAUAAUAACGUAUGUCUCACAGUUUAUCAGAUCACCUUCACUAAUGUGUCCGAUCGCUGCGGGACCAAUGAUAGAUGAUCGAUCCUUAUUAUUAUGGAUUGAAUCUACAUUACUAACUCUCCGUAACGUCAGUACAUCACCUGUUUUGGACCAAUAUCAGACUCAUCUGACUUUGAGAAAAGAAUAUUUCGAUCGAAGGCAUGCGUAUUUGUCUUUGCGUGAAAAGUCGACUACGCUUCCUCGUGACGAGUGGAAUCGUAUUGAGAGCGGGUGGAAAAGAAUUGGUGAAUUACUAAUUGAGCAAAGUCAUGGAUUCGAAAGCGAACUGCCGGCCUCAUUAUCAGGAUUGGCAAAAUGGUUAUGUACUGCAGAGGAAAUCAUCCGACGACCGAUUGAUUUGCGCGUUGAUGAUGCUCAGCAAACCUAUUCAAGAAUCAAUGAAACAAUUGAGCAGCACAGGAUGUGUUUUUCUGACUAUCCAAGUCGUGCGGAGCGAUUCCAGUCGGUAUAUUUGAGUCGUCGAUGCGAUAAUCGUGAGAUAGCUGGUGAAUUCUUGGAACCUCUGAAGACUCGUCUGGAUGCGGUCAGUCAUGAGGCUCCACGACGUUUACAGCAUCUGCACCAUCUCAAAUCCUAUUAUAGGAUCCUUGCAUACACUGAAUCACUGAAUCAAAAAUUGGAAUUAUGGAGAUCUGGUGAUAGCGCUUCGUUGGUUUCCAGAUGGAUUGGCGAAUAUAAGGUUAUACGUAAUAUAUUAGCUCAUAUUUCAAUCCAAAUAUUCCAGAAAGAAAGCGAAGCAGCGCCCGACAAGAAGUUACGCAAAUAUAUUAGUCAUCUCAAAGAAACAACUUCAGAAACUUCGGACGAAAAUUACGAACGAACAUUGAAACAAUGCGAAGAAAGUUCAGCGGAAGUACUUGAGAAAUUCGCUGAAAUGCGACACUACCUUGAAUCACUUUUAUCAUACUGGCGUGAAUUUGAAUCCUCUCUCGCUAAGGUCGAAGAAAAAGUGAAUCGUUCAGAAAGGCAAAGGCGUAAUCUAAUAGAUGCUGACGCUAAUGACUUACUACGACGUGCCGAACACGCACGUGACGGUAUUGCCCGUAUGGCUAGUGCAAAUGGUCGUGAAACGGCUUACACCCGAUUAGCCGAACUCCGUCAUCGUAUGAACGCACUAAACAGAUAUUCGACGGGAGGACGACUUGUUGCGGAUGUACAGAUGAGUGGCACACGAGCAGCAGUAUCACAGCUCGAAAAGACGUCCCGAAUUGCUAUCGUUUCGACACGUGCCACAACUUCAGCACAACCAUCAGCUCUAUCACAAUUGCAAUCGUGGACUGAAAUGGCUCAGCAAAAACUCGAUAAAAAAGUUGCAAAUCUUCCACAGUUGGACGCGUUAAAAGCAGAAAUAUUGGAAUGCCAAGAAAAGGCACAAAAGCUGGAAUCGGAAAGAAAGGCACUGUUGAAGAUGCGUGGCUCCUCCGAACAGUGCAUCACUGAUUUUCCAAAAAUGCAUCAAGCCAUUCAAGCACGUGUCAAACUCAUCAGUACUGUACUUCCACUAUUCUCGGCGUUCGAGAACAACCACAAUAAUGUGUACAAUUGGAUUAAUAUAAAUAAGGGGGACCCGCUUAAAUAUGAAGACAAAAUGGAUGCGCUGAACAAUAUGAAGUUUCUUGUGGAGUCACUGUCACGAGAGGAAUAUAAGACGUGGAUUGAUACUAGCGACAUGAGCUCGAGACUUGCCGAGUUACUUCAGCAUUUCCAAGUGAGCUAUUGUUUCACAGUUGUUUCAGUGUUCAAAAAUCAUGUAAAAAAAGCUAAUGAAAAGAAAAUUAAGGAAUAUACAGCAGUUUCUGAGAGGCAACCGAACAAAUACGUUACAGAGAUCUCCACUUUACUGUGUGAUAAAGAGCAGUUGAUAAGUAAACGAGAACAGAGCUGGCUAGAUUACGAGCAAACUCAGCGUGCCGUGACUGAAAUUGAUCGCAAGCUGCAAGCACAUGGAGUGGAUACGGAACAAUCUCAACUAUUGAGUACCCUAUGGAAGCAGAAAGAGAAGGCUGCUGAAAGUCUACAGGCAAUCAAUAAAGAGUGCGAUUCGCUCGAGAAACAGUUGCAAAGCGAAAAGCAUACGAUUAAGUGGUCAAGUAUCGCCAGUCAGUUGGAUAUAUUCAUUGAAAAGUGCUCAGCAUUAAGAGAAGCAAGCUUAUCCAAAUUACGUGACGAAUCUCUUGAUCGGAUAACCGUUUUUCGACGCACAGUUGAUCGACGUUUGGAAGGGGCGGAGCAGCGUGUAAAGGAGUUGUCGUUAGUUGGUGAAGCAGAUUUGCAGGUGGCUGCAAAAGUGCUGAAGGACAUCGAACAAGAGGCACAACAUCUAAGCGAAAGUGAGCGCGAAAGACUUACACGAAUCAUUCAACAGGCGAAUGAGGUAAUUCAAAUCAAAAUGGACCUCUUCGCUCGCCUUCAGCAGUUCUACGAUACUCUUGUAGCCAUCAAAAAAGAAAAUGACACCUGGAACUCCAUUUCCUCCACUCAGGUUCCACAUGUGCGCAGUCGUUUGGAUGAGCUUUUGUCUCACGUUGAAACAGAGCAUAAUCCUGAAGCAAACGCACUUUGUGCACAACUGGAAUCAGUGCAAGCGUCAUUCUUUCAGCUAGAAUGCGACCGCGUGAAGCAGAAAUUGCGACUUUUGGUCACACAGCUGGAAAAAAUAAAGGGAUUGAUGACGAAGAGGAAAGACUUCCUUCUGAAAUUCGAAGAAUUCCAAGAGUUUGUAAAGAAUGCUGAAGGAAACUUGUUGAAAUGCAUUCGUGAUGCCUCUGAAGGAAACCAAGUCGACGUGCAACGAAUUACGAACGAAAUGAAUGGUGUGUUCGACAAGAUUGAAAGUCUUGGCCGCGAACUUACCAGAUGUCAAGACGGUGCAAAUAUGGCCAUUACUGAUGCAGAGGUUACCGAUACUAUCAGUAGGAUACGAAAUUUGCCAGUUUUUGCGUUAGAGGUAAGCAGUGCUCGCAUAGACUACUUUUUACAUUCUUUGGGUUUUGACAGCUCUUUAUUGCAACACAUCGAGAAAUUUUGUGGCUUCAACUGCUUGUGUGCAGAAAAAUAUCUUCACCAAGACAAGCCAACAGGGUCGUCUGAUCUGUUUCAACAGUUUGCUGCCACAGCAAGCGAACUGCAGAAUUCUCUCGUUAAUAUCGACCAGCUAGAACAAAACAUAAAAGCAACUCAGAUUUCUUCCAUGUUAAAGUUACAGGCGAGAAAUGAGGAUGAGCAGAAGGAAAUCAGUAUGAUAGAAUCUCUUGAAAAGCUUGCUGACCAGCUUUGUGAUUCGGAAAAGGAGGAAGCUAACAAGAUUGUGAAUAAACUUCGAACAGAAUUGACUGACCGAUGUGAGCGUCGAAAGGUGAUCAGAGAAUCAAAUGUCGAGAAAAUAAUCCAACAAUUGAAAGAUGAACAGGACAAGAUGGAGACCUUCCUUCAAACCGAAAUUACAGAGGCAAGAUUGCCACUGGUUGAGGAAUUUGAAGUCAAUGAAUUUAUUCCGUGGAAUAAAAAACUGGAAAAGGUAAAAACAAUAAAUAACGAAGACGAGCGUCGGCGAUAUCAAAUUAACGAAAUGUCACGAUGGGCAUUCAAAAUUGAACAACAGAUAUCAAAGCUGAAAAACGUGUCGAAAAAGAAGAAGCGUCAAAAGGAGAAACUUAUUUCGAAACUACCAACAUUUCUUAACUGGCUUGAAUUGGUCGAAGAAGAUAUCGCACAUAUUGAAAGUGCACCUGUGGAACAUGAUGCAAAAAUAUGCGAAGAACUAUUCGCGAUAAAAGAAAUGUGCCUUGCACGUGAAAAUGUUUUCAAAAAAUUGGAAAAAGCUAAACUUCCAGAACCAUAUUCUACUGAUGCGGAAUUGUGUUGUGAGCGAUUCCGCGUGAUUUUUGAAAAAGUAUCGCAUUUGGACGUCAAAUUUGUUCCAAGGGUCGCUGUUUCGCAUCUGCCUUCCACCUCGAUGCAAUCACAGGUUUCUUUAUCCUCUUUGUCAAGCUCUGAUCUGGAGGAAAACAUAGGGGGAGAAUCGAGCCUGACAGAAGGUGAAGGUCAUGAAUUUAUGGAGUACCCAGUGUCAAAAAUUUCGGCUGCACAGAUAUGUUCUGUCGAGGAUCUCACUGAUUUACAACAAUUAUUUCGUGAUACUGAUGCGGAGCUGAACGGAAUAGCUGAAUCAUUAAGUGCUUUAAAUGCAGACUACGCACGUUCGUUAAAACCAGUUUCCGAAGCAGAGCAUGAUAUCCAAACGCUACAGAGUCUUCAUGCAAGGAGACAGCUCCUAGAAGACGAAUGCGAAAAACUAUCGAGCAAGCUCGAUGAAGGCGAUCUUGCAAUCUUGCGAGCAUUCAUCCAUCAAGCACAGUCUUUGAAAAGACCAAUUGAGGUGAGUAAAAUAUUGCGUUAUCUUCAGUGGCAGUAUAAAAUUCUGCAAAAUGAAAGGACGACUUGUUUUCUAGCGGCUAAAAAUCCUCAUACGAGUAGGACUGAGGCACUUCGAAUAUAUGAAGGUGAAUAUAAUGUUCAGCAUCCGUUGCAGGAAUUUUUGAAAGAACUUCGCGAUGAAAUAGAUGACGAAUUGGCUCUCAGAGCCAAUUAUGAAAGUAUCAAAAACAAGCUUGAUCGGCUGACCGGCGACGUAAACCGUCAUCCUGGAAGAUGUGCUGUUAGUGAUAUGCGAUAUCACCUGGAAAACGUUGAAACACAGUUGGCUUUGCUUCGUGUACAAUGCUCGCAAGCUCGUAAAUAUGUGGAAGACUCCAUCGAAGAGACAUCGCCUGCGUCAUCACCCAGUAGUACCCCAGGAAGGAAACGGAUCGUUUUGAUGGUGUCGAAGACUGUCACAACCAUUAUUCAAGUUGUGGAAGAUGAAUUAAGAAGAUCGCCAACUCCGAUGGAAGAGGAAUUGUUGGAAUUUCGAACGAAACUAAAUGAAAUAAAUGAAAGCAUGGAAGAGGGUCAUGAAAACGGAAAUAUUGAUGCCUUAAUCGCAUUAGCAAAGAAACUAGACAUAAGCUUGUCGAAAUUAUUGGGCCGCGACUUCACAAAGCAACCGGAAAGUGAGUUGGAGAACUCGGUAGAAGUGGCUCAUGAAGGACGCGUUCAGUUAGAAGGCAUUUUGCGAGCGCUGCAUCGUGAACCCUCUCCUCCCAGUGAUGUUCCACAAUAUAUUGAAAGAAUCAAUGUGCUCAUUACAACAGUAUCAGUGAGUUUCCAACCCUAUUAUUUCUUCUGCGUCUUCUUCCGUGGCCUUCAAAAGAAUUCUCGACUUUUAAAUAGAAGAAAAUUUUUAUUAAAAGUCCUUCUCAUUUCGAGCAAUGUUUACACAUUUGAAGAAGAACUAAAUAAGGAAAUCAAGGCGAGGGAUCGUGAGAAAACCGAGCAAAUCAAACAAAAAGCUGCCGAAAUGGUCGGAGAACCAGAAAACGAGAGAGAACAACCGGAGAACGUCGCGCAAUUACAUAAGAAUAUAGCCGAAUUGGAUGAAAAAGUGAUGAAAGGCGAAGAAGCGCUUGCAGACGAAGAGGAACUGAAGCACUCUGAUGAUUCUGCGUUGAUUGCGGAUAAACUGAAGGCGGUUGAGGAGUUAGAGGAUUCGUUGGUUGCAGCGCUUGAACAACUCAACGCUUCUGAUAUGGAUUCACUCAACGAACAAGACCGUAAGGAUGCGAAGAAGAAACGUGAGCACAGCAACUGGUUGUUGGAUCGGAUUCGUGCGUUGCGUGAAAAACUUGCACCAUUGCUAAGCUCGUUGCGUGAUUGGGACAACAGCAAGGAUGCACUGAUGAAUAAUAAUGAGGCGCUCAUCGCUGAAGCGCGGGAACUGGUUGAAAGCUACGCGAACAAUGCAAAGCCGUACAGCAGUGCUUGCAACGACUUGAAGAAGGCAAACGAAUUGGUGGAGCGCAUGAAAGAAGCUCAGCAGCAACUCACGGAUGCAAAACAACGCAUCAGAACAACGCUACCUGAUUGUCAAAAUGCUGUUGAUCUAGUCGACAAGUUGUCGAGUGAACUGGAUGCAGCGAAAAGCGAUGUUGAGCAUCUGCUGGCACCACUCACUGAAGACGUCAACAAGCAGAAACAGUUGCUUGAUGAGCAUGAGGCAAUAAGUGCGAAACUGAAUGAGUUGGGCGACAGUGCAGUCGACCGACGUACGCUAGUUGGAGAUGCUGAGUCGAUGGAGCUUACCGAAAUCAAACGAGAGCUCGGCGGCGUAAGACAACAACUAAACGAGCUACAACGGAAACAAGAAGAACCUGUUCGUCUUGUGUUCAAUCCAGAGGCGCUGAGAGUUGAUUCGCUCACAAAUCAGCUAGAAAAUAUUGAACGACUACUGAGUGAGAAAGAAGAACAUUUGGCCGCGCAACUCGCACUUGUUGCGUUAACUUCAACGAUCGCAAAAGAAACGAACCAGUUGCGCGACGCUAUUGAGAACGCACAGAAAACUGAAGACAAUGCGAAUGCAAAUUCGAAUGAGUUGCAGAAUGCAGUUGAUGAACUGAAACGGGCUCGACCACACUUAGAUGCACUAAGAGACGCAUACGAACAGCUUGAAAAAUCGCCCGAUACAGAUGUUAUUCGUGCGCAAAUGCUUGACGAGCAGACGAAACUGGCUGAGAACUAUGACGCUGUAGAGCGAGCGUUGGAAGAUCGCGUUGACAAUCUGAAUCGGUUCAACGAAAAUGCCGCUGAUAUCGAGAGUCGUCUAUCUGAGCUGGACGAAAGCGUUCGUGAGCAAGGAGCACCUAGUGCCGAAGUGGAACUUUCAUCUGUUGAUGCCAUCAUUGAACGUUGUAGUGGCCUACGUCCAUCGCUCGAUGAACUCACUGAAAGCGCACAAGAGUUAACUCCACUCAUCGAGCCUGCAUCUCAUGCUGACGCCCUGAACAGUCGUCAACGAGAAAUGGACAACACUUUGAAGGGUCUUCGUGAUGAAGUCAUUAGACUGAAGAAAGAACGCGAUUCUGAGAGCACUCUAUUCGCUGCGGUAGCUGACUUGGAACAAACAUUGAAGGAUGCAGAGGUCGGAUUCGAGCAGACAGAACCGUCGGUGAAUGCUCUAGAGCUGUUUAUCGGAGAACCGUUGCGAACGGUGGCCGACAAAAUGGCAUUGAUAGAUGGAAUUCAGUCAGACGUUGUGACACCGAAAACCGAACAACUUCGAAUGGAUAAAGAAGCACUAAAAGAACGAUAUGCGGAAUUAGAGAGGCGCGCACUGAAGAAGCUUGAAGAGGCGAAACAUGAAGAUGAACUGGUCGCAGAUACCUUGGCUAAGUUAGAAAGCAUCCGACAAGAGGCGAACGCUUUUGCCCAAAAGUAUACUGGUCCACAAGAGUUAACGACCGCCGUUGACGAUUCGAAAUGUUUAGAAGCAUUGUUGGAGCAGUUGCCUGAUCCGUCGGUGAUAAAUGAAAUCAAGGAUGAGCAGCGUCAGGAUCAACUGACGAAACUACUGGACACAACUCAAUCGAGCAUUAAGGAUCUGUUGACGCCACUUGAGAAGGACAUUGUCGAAGAGCAAGAUCUUCUUCGUGAUUUGCGUAGCAUCCUUAGCGACAUGACGUCAAUCGGAGAUGACGUUGUUGCGAUAGAUCCCGAAAGUGAGCCGUCUGAGCAACUGGAGAACGCUACUCAGCUCGGUGAUAGCCUGCGUCAGUUGAAGACGAAGGUUGAAAAACUUGUGAAAAGACUGCAAUCGCCCGAGAAUCUGGUCAAGCGAACACCACUGAGCGAUGACAUAUUAGGUCGCGUGACGCAAUUGCAAGAUGCACUCGAUGAUAAAAAGCAAAAGCUAAAGGAUCGUGCCAAAUUGCAUACGCUAAGUCCAGAAAUCACUCAGAUCACCGAAAGUGUGCAGCGUCAUGCGGACGAGUUGGAUCAAUUGCCAUUACAGCCGCUAGAUGAACAGAGCGCAACACUGCAAGAUCUUGAGUUGAAAAAGCAGCAAUUGGAAAGUCUCAUUGAGGGCAUUCCAGCCGGUGCAGAGGGUGAUGAGUUACGUGAACGCAGCUAUUGGCAGCUGGGACAGUUGAAUGAUCUGUUGAAACGCUUGGCAGCUGUAGUUGGUGAUAAGCUUGCUGCGUUAGCUGCAUACAAGGCCACAAAAGAUGAGGUACAGGCGCAAUUGGCUGCUAUUGAAGCACCUGGCGAAGUACGUCUCGACUCCGAUUCAAUACAAGCAAUCACCGAUCAUGUCAACGAACUUCAAGAGAAGCUGUUGAAUGCGGAGAAGCUGAGAAACAAAUUGAAUAGCAUUCCCGAGGAAGAAUUAGAUGAAGCGAUGCUGGACGAGAAGCGAAACAUAUUACUCGCAAUUGAAGCCGCAAAGCAAAGAAUUGAGGAUGAGCGCAAUGCCGCGCAACAGCAAUUAGAUGAUGCGAUUGCUCUUGAGAAAAUGCAUGGUGAUGCCGAACAAUUGACUUCUGAUUUGGAAGCACUGAUCGCAGAAGCCGAGAGAUUGUUGAGCGAUUCAGAAGCAACGCCGUCGAUGUAUAGCACCUCAGCGGAUGCAUUUGUACUUCCUGUAGAAAACGCUGAAAAAGUGCUGAAGGAUGCACCCAAGGAGGAUGUAAAGAUUAUGCCACUCAGUGCGCUCGUUGGUAAAGCGAAAGAGGUGCAUUCAGCGCUCUUACAUCGUGCGAAUAUAUGGGAACGGUUUGUUGCCGAACGUGAUAACGCUAAUGAUCAGUUGGAGGCAAUGCGAGGACCGCUCGAUGAAAUCGAAUCUAAACCACUCAGGUCAUCAGAAGAAGUGAUGAGUGAUCUGAACGCCUUGAAGGGCGCCAGCAAUGAGCUCAACAAGAUAAGAUCGAUUAUGGCAAUUCUGCAAGAACUCUCUGAGCAACUGGAUCCACUCGAAACUUCAUAUGCUGAUGUGCGCUUCUUCGACGUCGAUGUGGAGCAAACACAGCAGCAGUACGAGGAUUUGAUGUCAUUAAUAGAUAACGAGUUGCACGACGAAAACGUCCUCGGUGAAUCAACCGAGCAGCUCCACCACGAGCUGCUCAGACUCAGCGAUGAGCUGAAAGCUGCACUGAACCAUGAACAGCUUGAUGAGAUUCUGCAACACCAACUACCAGCAUUACAAGCACAGUAUAAUUUGCUGAAGUCGAAGCAUGAUGAGGCUAAGCAGACACGCGUUCAUGUGGACCGUAGCUCAGAACCGUCGACAGAUGCAUUAGCAAGAGAAUUGGAGAGUAUUGCUGAACUCACUCGACAAAAGAUAACAGAGUUGGCUGAGGCUGAGAAACAGGAGAAGAUCGUAAUGGUUCGAUUGGAGCUGGAGAAGUUAAGUACUGAGGCGCCGGUUGAAGAACAAUUGAUCAACAUUGAAGAACAAUUGCGGCAGCUACCAACGGAAGAUGAAGAAACAAAAGCGUUAAGUGAGAGAAUACAACAAAUUCGAGCAGACAAAGAAAAGCAUGAUGCCAUGGAGAAGUCACUUGAAGAGAAAUUGGCAAACGUUUCGCAGCGUAAUGAUGAUCUUGACACAAUGCUGAAACCAUUGAUGGAAGCCAAACGUCUGAGAGCUGAAGGUAAGAAGCAACGUGAACCGACAGAACCUAUCGAAGAACAUAUCGCUCUAUUGAAUGACGUAGUGAACGAACUCGAGCGUGACAUCGCGGUGCAGCUUGACGACAUUGCUCAACAAUCUCAGCAACAUGAAGUGCAAUUACCUUCUCUCCCAAGAGAACGCGAAAGAGCAGAGAUGAUGGCUUCUGAAUGCAGGGAGAUGCUCAAUGAGAAGCUCCGUGAGAAGGAGAAUGUGGCGCAAUUACAUAAGAAUAUAGCCGAAUUGGAUGAAAAAGUGAUGAAAGGCGAAGAAGCGCUUGCAGACGAAGAGGAA